UCUUUUUAAAGGAGAAGUAAUACAGCGGAUCAUCUGCAAGGCGUCCCGGAGGAUCGUCUUAAUGCACCAAAACACGUCUGGAAAGGCGUUAAAAAAAUUGAGGCAUUAUCCACAGUCACCUAGCCUCAGAGACUUAAGUCACUACAGAAGAAGGACGUCAGGUGCCAAGGCUGCUGUCCUGUUCAAGUGGAACCAGGCGGCUUUGUGAUCUGCCGCUGAAUGAAGUCAGCAGAUAUUUAUGAAGCAUUCGCGGCCCUUUGAUUAAUCGGCCACUCGAUGGGGAUUUUCAGAGGAGCUCCCACCUGCGCCGCCCCCCCUCCUGUGAACCGCCCGGACCCCCUCUUCAGCACCGCCUCUAUAGAAAUCAUGAAACUUGUAUUAACUGAAUGGAAUUUGAUAUGGAUUUUUGCUGCUUGUAGUAGACAGUAAAAACCCGACCCAUGUCUGAGCCAUAUCUGAGUUCACACCCAUACCAAAUACCCGAGUCUGCCCUGCACGCCCGUCACCACCUCCCAGACACCGUACGGAAUAUCUUUGUGCACUGAAGGGCUUCUGGAGAGUUCCUGAUCACUCGGGACGGAGAGCGACGACAGGUGGCGCUGUUGGAGUCCCCUGCACCCUUCUUCAGACCUCUGGUUCUUUUUUUUUUCUUUUAUUUUAUUUUGUUCGUUCGGAGUGUGCACAAGCUACUUACAUGCUGGUGGCGAUGGCUCCCCAGAAUGCCGAGUCGGAUACUAUGCAAGUGCAGGGCCUGGAGGUGGUCCCUGUGAAGAAGCCGGCCGGUGGCCAGGAGCAGGAGAACCGGGACGAGUCGGUGAGCGAGGGGUCCAUAGACCGCAUCCCCCUGCGCAAAUGGGUCAUGCACGGGGCCGUCAUGUUCGGCCGGGAGUUCUGCUACGCCAUGGAGACUGCCUUGGUCACACCAGUAUUGCUGCAAAUAGGUCUUCCAGAACAGUAUUACAGCCUGACAUGGUUCCUGAGCCCCAUCCUGGGCUUGGUCUUCACGCCUCUGAUCGGCUCGGCCAGUGACCGCUGCACACUGCGAUGGGGUCGGCGGCGCCCAUUCAUCCUCGCGCUUUGUGUGGGGGUGCUGUUCGGCGUGGCGCUCUUUCUCAACGGCUCUCUCAUCGGUCUGGCUAUCGGAGACGUGCCGAGCAACCAGCCGAUCGGCAUCGUGCUGACCGUGCUGGGCGUGGUGGUGCUGGACUUCUGCGCGGACGCCACCGAGGGGCCCAUCCGCGCCUACCUGCUGGAUGUGGCCGACACGGAGGAGCAGGACAUGGCCCUGAACAUCCAUGCCUUCUCUGCCGGGCUGGGGGGCGCUGUCGGCUACAUGCUGGGCGGUCUAGACUGGACUCACACCUUCCUUGGCCAGGUCUUCAAAUCGCAGGAGCAGAUCCUCUUCAUCUUCGCUGCCCUCAUUUUCACCGUCUCUGUGGGACUUCAUCUCAUCAGCAUCGAGGAGCGGCAGUACAGCCCGCAGCAGGACCGGCUGGAUGAAGAAGCCGAGACCGCAUCCUCAGUCAAACUGAACGGGAGCCUGGCCGCCAGCGCCCUGCCCCAGCUGGAUGUCAUCGACGAGGACGAGGCCUACUGCGCCUACGAGGACAGCCGCUCUGAGCGGGACGUGGACAUGGACUUCCUGGAAGUCAGCAUCGUGAGGAGUAAGAGCGACUCAGUGCUGGCCAUGCCCGACGCCACGCUGGACCUGGACCAUGACACGCUGUUCCUGCAUGAAAUCGAGCCUUCCAUCUUCCAGGACCGCCUGUCCUCCUGCUAUGGUACUCCGCCGCGCCGCAGCAGCAGCGCAGGCAGCCAGGACGCCUUCCGAGCUAAGCUGCAGCGCUUUUCGGCCCUCCUGCAGGAUGCGCCAAACGAUGGCGAGGAGAUGCUGCUUAGCGACCAGCUGGACGAGGCAAUCAAGGUCCCCAACGGGCUCCCCGCCGGCACCAACAGCCACCCGCACACAGACAUGAAGCAGUCAAGCACCAGCGCAUCCAUGCGACGCCGCCGUCAUGCCUUCUACCGGCAGCCGUCCUGCACCUUCUCCUACUACGGCCGCGUGGGCGCGCGCCGCUACCGAUACCGACGGGCCAACGCAGUGCUGCUCAUCAAGUCGUCGCGCAGCAUGAACGACAUCUACGAGAUGCAGGAGCGGCAGCGCCGACGUGAGCACCGACAGCGGCACCAGAGCGGAAACACCAACUCCAGCGGGGACACGGAGAGCGACGAGGGCGAGGUGGAGACCAGCGUGCGCCUCCUCUGGCUCUCCAUGCUCAAAAUGCCUCCCCAGCUCCUGCGCCUCUGCGUCUGCCACCUGCUCACCUGGUUCUCCAUCAUAGCCGAGGCUGUUUUCUAUACGGACUUCAUGGGUCAGGUCAUCUUUGAGGGUGACCCAAAGGCUGCUACUAACUCCACUGCCCUCCAGAACUACCACAAAGGUGUCCAGAUGGGCUGCUGGGGGCUGGUUAUCUACGCUGCUACUGCUGCAAUCUGCUCAGCUCUGCUUCAAAAAUACUUGGACAACUUCGACCUCAGCAUCAAGAUUAUCUACAUAUUGGGCACUCUUUGCUUCUGCAUUGGCACAGCGGUGAUGGCCAUCUUUCCCAACGUCUACGUAUCCAUGGCGAUGAUCAGCAGCAUGGGCGUCAUCUCCAUGAGCAUCUCCUACUGCCCCUAUGCCCUUCUUGGCCAAUAUCAUGACAUCAAGGAGUAUAUCCACCACAGUCCUGGGAACUCAAAGAGAGGCUUUGGCAUCGACUGCGCCAUCCUGUCCUGUCAGGUCUACAUCUCCCAGAUCCUGGUGGCCUCUGCUUUGGGUGCAAUGGUGGAAGUGGUGGGCAGUGUGAGAGUCAUCCCCAUCGUGGCAUCCGGCGGCUCGCUCCUGGGCUUCCUCACGGCCAGCUUCCUGGUCAUCUACCCCAACACCAACACCGAUGAGGCCAAGGCUGACCCGGCCAAGGCCUUGCCGCCGGCAGUGCCGGGCCAGAACAAGCCCGUGGAGAAGCCGAGUGUGCUCCAGCUGACCCGGAAAGGCGACACUGCCGCCUGUAAGGUGGGGUGUGAGUCCACGCUGUGAUCCCAACAAGAGAAACCAUCGCAAACCCCAACAGCAUUAACAUCCCCCCCACGUGACUGGUGAAAGACUACCCAUUUGUGAUUGGCUUUACAUAAUCUCAGCACAAGGCCUUGUUACAGCCUGUCCUCGCAUGGUUUUAGGCUACGGAGCGCAGAGGUCUGUAGCUUCACCCUCUCAGGGCCUCUGAGGGCACAAUCAUGCAGCUCUCUGGGGAUUCAGCAGAACAGCUAUCAGGAAACUCACAGCAUGUUUUCGCUCCAGUUCUCAGUAACCUGCAAUCCGCUUGAAUCAAAAUAAACAAUAAGGACAGAAGUCACAUUCUUUAUACAGAUCCGACAAUAAUUCUAAAAAUAUUUUUCACCACCCAUGUUUGAAAUUGAAUUUCGGUAAAUUUCCUUACACGAAUUGGCAAGUUAAUUUUCAAACUGAUCAAUUAUUCUCGUAGACUCACAUCGAGUCUCCUGAGCUGAUAGCGGGUGUUGGUUCUCAUCAUUUCCCCAUGAGGUGUAGGAGGUGUGAGGAUACUGUUUGCUGUGCUGAUUCACUUUCGCGUCCCUUCCAAGUGCUUCAUGACGUGGAGAUGCGCGAGUGGUGCGUGCUGCAGCCGGCAUGAGACAGCUCUGCAGAGGUCACCCUUGCAUGGUUCCCAGAGGAACCCAUUCGUGUGUUCGGUAGUUUCCUUGGGUUUGCUGUGAUCUUCCUGUUACUAUGGAAACACUGGUUCAUUCACUUUCUUUAAGGCAUUACUUAUGAAGACUACAGUAAACUACCGUUACUUGUUGUGAAAACACUUCCGUCGAUAAACAGUAUAUGAAGAUUUCAUGGGCACUUUGGAAGCGCGUCCAAGAUGGAGCAGAAUUUGAAGUACUGGAUUGACGUUCUCUACCACUUUCUCUGGUUGUUUUUCUAUGUAUUAACAUAAGUCAGAUAUUAAUGUAAACUGGUUUUGCUUGUACCAGUAGGAGGUGCCAUCGCCUACAGGGACUAUGGCAGGCAGAAGGGACAAACUCCUUUGCUAGUUGCACUCAGAGCUGAGACACAAAAAAAAUCGCCCUUUCCUACAUGUACAUGUACUGAAAAGUAUGAAUGACAAGCCAGUAUGGAGAGGAGCUACGUGGCCACGCUGCUGGUUAAGUGAGAGACUUGAUCCUGCCAUUUUAGUUCUGGGGAGGCCUGUUCUCUGGCCUGGGUAUUAAGACUACAACGUCACGAGGUCCCAUGAAUCACUGGGGCACUGACCUUGAUGUGACCCACAGAUGCUAUGGGGCAGUUCUUAAGUCACACAUUGUAGGUUUUACACUGAAAUGCAAUGAUGCAAGUUUCUUUUUUUCCUGAAUAGAGCCAUUGCACUUAUGGCUGCGAAGUAUUGGAGGCUGACACUUGUCACGUACUACAGGAAUAAUUAAAAGAUAGCGCGCGGUUUCAUUUUCCGAGUUAGAUUUAUAUAUGAUAAACACGUUAUGCUCAAUGUUUAUUUAUUCUGUAAAUAAACAGAGCGCAUAGUCAUCUGUAUCUGCAUAUGAUUUAUAUAUAUAUAUACCUAUCAAUCUAUCUAUAGAAGUAGAUUAAUGCAAAUAUUAGUUUAUUGCGUUUAAAAGAAAAAAACAUAAGCUGAUGUCUUCAAAAUAUGAAAAGAUUAACAAAACUUGAAAAGAAACCCCCCCCGUCACAUUUCUGACAAAUCACGACAGCUGCAAUAAUGUCUGCCUCACUGCGCGUGUUCAGAGGCAGAGCGAUUGUGGUUUUAUAAUGCAUGAGUGGGUGAAUGCGUAUUCUAGUUACCUUAUUUUAAAAGUAAUUAUGGCUGAACAUACAAGGCUUAGAACUACUCGUAAAGGGUAUUUUUCAAUACUUGAAGUUCGAUUUUAGUGACAUUCUCCAGAACCUCUUACCAUCGACUACGGAAUGUAGAGACCGGCCUGGGGUCUGAGUGGUCUGACCCAGGCUGUAGUCUGAAUUUGAUUCCAUCGGAUCACAGUGGAAAAGAUCGAAUGUAAUGUUUGUUAAUUUACAGCAAAAGAUCUUACGGCGCGUGGAACUUGCACAUAAAGUUGGGGGGGGGAGGGGCAUCUUUCAAAAGAAUAUGAAACUGUGGAUAUUUAUUUUUUUGAGCUUGUGAAAUGGACACUGACUUUAUUUAAGAAGUUAUUGAAAAAUAUAUAGAGAGAGACUUGGAGCUCUGCUGAAUGUCUGAGACCUCUAGUAAGGUGCAGAUGGAAGUGUGUGCAUGAGCUUGUGGGACGGCUGGGGACGUCGUCCGACCUCGGCUCUCCCCGGCCGGCCGGCCGCGUGUGUCCCCGUCAUCCCGCGUUUACAGUCCACUGCUUUGUUUUCCAGGUUAAACACUGACAGCAGAUUUUAUGAAAGAAAAAUUCGUCACCGUUUGCUAAGUGUGCUUAAUUUGAUGUUCUCAUAUGAAUGCUGACAUCUCGUUUUCCUAUAAAAAAAAAAAAUCACAAUCACUCAGAAUGUCAUUAUAUAAAAACAACACUGACCUGGGGUAAAAAGGAGAGGUGUAAACUUAAUGGGAAUCAUACUUGUAUAUAAUACAAUAUUGUGCUUAAAAAAAAUCAGAAUAUUUUUUUGCAGUGUAUUAUUCCUCAUUUAAAGGUUGUAAAUAAUUCUUGUAGUUCUUUUGCUGCUAUUAAAGGCUUAUUUUAGUUUUUUUCUAUAAGUACUAUGUAUAUAAAUAAAGUUUGUGAAUAUGCUUCUCCUGUAGAACUAUGAAAGAACAUUAUAUUGAAUGCACCUUUAAUGAACCUUAAAACCAAAAAUUCUCUACUGUUGUAUUUGUUUUCAUUGUGUACACAUUUCUCUUAGUGAACAGUAAACCUGACAUUGUCAGAAUCAAGAGGAACUGAAACUGAUCUGCAUUUUUUUUAAUGGAGCUGAACCAUCCGCAGGUCUCCUGUCACCCAUUUAGGAAUUUUCUUGCUGUCAUACCAAAAUUUUCUCAUCCAUCACAGAAUUUGUCCCAGAUAUGUUACAUCCUGUCAAACAAUAUUGAUUUUCCUCAAUUACUGUAUGCAGGGAAGAAUAUACACAAGUACAACCAGUAUACGUUUAAGUUUACAGAAAGCAUCAUUUAUCGCCUGUCCUAUUGUUAUCAACCCAAAAGAAUGCCUGUCUUCCUCUCCUAUCUUUGUUAUGGAUUUGGAACCAUGUCCUGGAAGGCUGCUUUUUUGAUGAAGGACAUGAAGAAUUUGGAUCACAGGGCUCCAUGUUGUUUUCAAAGAUCGUAAAGUUCAGACUUUUCACGCACGUUUCUAAAUCGCUAUUCUUGGAGUUUGGUGCCUCCGUCAUUUAAACACAACACAAGAUAAAAUAUCACUUUUUAUUAAAAGAAAAAAAUCGCAGUUUCUUCUAUAAAUCCAUUACUUUUCAUUGAAUUUAUAAAAGAAAACUGCGAUUCCCGCCCCUCCUCUAAAUUACACAUUUGCCUUUAAAAAUACCGACACCAGACAGUUUCUUUAUUGUAUGGUUAACCUGAUUUUAACAUCGCUGCUCACUUCUCUAAAAUGAUAUAUAAACUAGGUGUUCGACGGAUGAAUUUCGUCUACAAUGCAAACGCCGAUUUAACAUUGUGACUGAACACCCACAAAUGCUGAAAUAAAAUGAUUUUAAAAUA